CGAGCCGACUCCGUCCAGUGCCCCAACUGCUUGCGGCGCUUCUGCCCAGACCGGAUCAACUCGCACGAGCGGGUGUGCUUCAAGAAGCAGAACGUCCAACCUGGGGAGCCGCAGCAGGCGCAGCCCGACUCGGCGCACGGCCGCGGGUCGCCGCUGGUGGAGUGCCACCUCUGCCGCAAGAAGUUCGGCACGCGCUCCAUCGGCAUCCACGAGCCGCAGUGCCUCAAGAAGUGGCAGCAGACGCAGCAGGCGCUCGGCGAGGGGCAGCCCUCAGGGCAGCCCGCCCUCGACAAGGCCAGAGACUGCCCGCAGCUGGAAGGCCCACCGGAGCGCAAGCCCCUCGCCAUAGAGUUCCCGAGCAGCAAGCCGCCC